GUUCGUGAAGGAGAAGCGUCCCACCAUCUCCCCCAACUUCAACUUCCUGGGCCAGCUGCUGGACUUUGAGAAGAAGAUAAAGAGUCCUCACGGUACCGAAGCCAGACCCAGGUCCGUCCACCCUGCAGAGUCCAGCGGAGACGUCCCGGACGCCGCCGAGGACCCGGACGCCGCCGAGGACCCGGAUGCCGGCCCGGGGCCCCCAGCGCCCCCGGAGCCCCUCACCCUGCCGUGCGUUGUAGCCGCCCCCCCCGAGGACCGCCUGCUGGCUCAGGCUCUGAGCGGCCUGCAGCUCGGGUCCGCCGGCGCCGACGGGUCCGAGGACAGCGCCCGGCUGAAGCGUUCCUUCUCUCUGGACAUCAAGUCGUACGGCGAGCCCGGGGGGGCCCGGGGAUCCGAACCCCCCGAGUACUUUAAACCGCCCGGCUUCAAAGAGCCGGCCAGCAAACCCUGCCAGUUCUCCCCGGUGCAGGAAGUCUCGGAGCAGUCCACUCCGGACCAGAGCCCCGACAAAGACGAAGUCCACGGGGACAGAGUCGCACCGGCGCCCGGCGGCAUCGAACGCCCGCCCGCCGCCCCGAGCCGCUGGCAGCCGCUGCACCGGAGCGGCAGCGUGGAGAACGCCAGCGGCUUCCUGUUCGGCCAUCUGGCCCGGCCGGGCUGCGGGGGCGGCGCCCUGAAGGGCUGGCACUCGGACAUCCUGCUGGGCCCCGUCACCGUGUCCACCGGCGGCUGGUUCCUGUCCUCCGAGUCCGCCCGCUUCUACUCCGCCUCGGCCGUCCUGGGCUACGGCUGCAGCCCCGGGCCGGAGGAGGUGCGGCGGCGCAGCCGGCAGAGGACGGGAGACCGCGGGGACUCGAGGCGGAGCUGGCACGAAGAGAGCAGCUUCGAGAAGCAGCUGAAGAGACGCAGCUGCCAGAUGGAGUUCGGGGACGGGAGGACGGACGCCGGCAGGGAAGACAUCGGGAAGGUGGGGAGCCAGUCCAGCUUCUCCGGCAGCGUGGAGCUCAUAGAGGUCUCCUGAGACUCUGAGAGACUAGAGACAGACUCGGAGACUCUGAGAGACUGAAGACUGAGACUCUGAGACUGAGACUCUGGACUGGAGACAGACUCAGAGACUGGAGACAGACUCAGAGACUCUGAGAGACUGGAGACAGACUCAGAGACUCUGAGAGACUGGAGACUGAGACUCUGAGACUGGGACUCUGAGAGACUUAAACCCUGGCCCCUGUCAAGGACUCAUCCUACACAGGGUGCAUGCUCUCACUGAGGGGGGGUUGAACUAAAACACCAUAAAACUGGUUCUGCGACUUGGUCUGAGACACUGAGACCGGGUCUGAGACACUGAGACCUGGUCUGAGACUCUACUGGCGCUUCACGCUUCAGAGCAACACACAUCGGAGCAGCGGUCAAUUUGUCAGAGUGAGAGAGAGAUGUCUCUAGUUUUGUCUCCAGAGUGAGACAUCUCCCUUCUAUCCUAUCUUUGGUGGCUCAGUAGCUCGGUAAGAUCCAUCAGCUGAUAACUCUUCUCCAGCUUUGGUCAGUCCAGGAUCAGCUGGGAGACUUCUUCUAGACCAGGGACAGGAAGUAGAACAGGGACUAGAAUUAGUUCUUUUGGAGAUUCUGGUCCACUAGUGGCUGUUGGAGCAGUUUCAUUUCAUUGAGGACGAGCUAAGACAAGAAGACAUCCAGGAAC